AUUCAGCUUUUCAACGCGAAAAGUUUCGGAGCAAGAUCGGAUGAAUUGAACCCGGCUUCUACCCAAAUACAAGUUAGAUACCGUGGUUUCUCUUCACCGAUUCCAUUUAUAUAUACUUUUUUUAAAAAUAAAUUUUCAGGCAAAGGAUUAAUUAGUUGGUUAUACUCUCUGCUAGCGCGUGAUUGUUCGCAUCGCAUUCCUUUUCCUCUUCGUUCUUCCAAUUUCCGUGUCUACACCGUAUUGCGCCUUUCACAAGUUGGAUUAUGCUGAGGACUGGUUCCAAAAUCUCGUGACUGUUUCUCUAAUUGACGCAAGUUAUCAGUGAAUUAGUUUUUUUUUGCUACGAAUUAGCUUCUCAAUGGAGGCGGAUUUCUUGACGAAUGAUAUGCUCACACUCUCACAGGAUGCUUUUGAUGCGAACGAUAAUGAUGGUGUAGCUAUUGAAGGGGAAAGAUGUGGAAUAUGUAUGGACGUUGUUAUUGACAGGGGAGUUCUGGAUUGCUGUCAGCACUGGUUCUGCUUUGUAUGCAUUGACAACUGGGCUUCCAUCACUAAUCUUUGCCCACUUUGCCAGAAUGAGUUUCAGUUAAUCACUUGUGUUCCAGUUUAUGAUACCAUUGGAAACAAUAAAGUUGAAGAUGAGUCAUUGUUCAGAGAUGAUGACUGGUCCAUUGAAGAGAAGAAUAACACACUGUCAUUUCCCUCUUACUACAUUGAUGAAAAUGCAGUUAUUUGCUUGGAUGGUGAUGGCUGCAAGGUUCGCAAUGGGUUGGCUACUAUUGAAGGAGAUUCUGAUCUAGAUACAUCAAUAGCUUGCGAUUCAUGUGACAUAUGGUAUCAUGCCUUCUGUGUGGGAUUUGAUACUGAAGGUACAUCGGACAGUACAUGGUUAUGCCCCAGAUGUGUGGUUGAUGAAGUGUCUAAAGGAACAUCCAAUUCAAUAGAGAGGACAACCGUGGAAUUUAAUGCAGAUAAUAGUAACAGUGAAUGCCAUGCGGAGGAUUCCUUUUCAGGAAAAGUGUCUGUGUCUGUUGCUGAUACAGGAGAGACAGCUGUUGUUGUCUCGAUGGUGGACAGGACAAAAUGGGUUCCAGAAACAAGUGAGAAAAGCCCAUUACCUUUUGAAGUUGAUGGGGAUCCAAUGACUGAAUCAUGUAUUUUAAAAUCUGACACAAAUAAUCACCAAAAUGGGGAAGAGAAGACAGAUAUGUUACCGAUCAUGGAGGAAGAACUUGAACUGUCUUUAUCAAACAAUAUAUCCUGUAGCCUAACUUCUAAAUCCUUAGUGGAUAAUGAUAUAAAGAAAAGUGCAAGUCAAGCAAGGAAUGGAGCAAGUGGCUUUGACGGGUCCAAGUUAUUUGAUGAGUCCCAUAAUAAAACUAGUCCAUCCAAAAUUGAAUCUGAUAUGGGUCUUCAUCUUGGUUUAUCAGUGGGCUCUUUUUUAUCUGUUGACAAUGCAGACAAGAAUGAAAAAAAAGAUGAAGCAACUGAUGUCAUUGAUAAUGCAGACCCGAACGAAACAAAAGAUCAAGUAACUCAUGUCCCAGGCUCAAUUUCAGAAGAAUGUAUUUUGAAAGGAGAUGAAAUUGAAGUCAAUGCUCACAAGGACAAUGCCAGAGUGGCUGGUGGAAAGAGAAAGCAUGCUGAUUACAGUAAUGAGCAAGUUCAUAUAAAAACUGGUGAUGGAGAUGCCAUGCCUGAACUUCCAGAUGAAGUUGCACAAAAGAAAAUUAAAGCUUCUGGUAGUCAAAUGAGUAGUACUGAUGACUCAGCUGAUGCUUGUCUUUUAGAAAAGGCUCAGAAAAAUCUUGCUUUUAAACAUUCUCCACCAAAGGCAAUUGUCACAUCGGAUAUAAUGAAUAUAGUUAAAGGGACAAACCGGAGGCUUUCCAAGGGAAUUACUAGCACUAAUGCUUGUGACAAGCUAUCUGAAAACAGAGGAAAUGUGGCUGGGUUGAGGGUUAAAAAGAUCAUGAAAAGAGCUUCUGAUGAUGGAGAAUCAUCCUUGGUAGUUCAAAAUCUAAGGAAGGAAAUUAGAGAAGCUGUCCGUAACAGAUCCUCUAUAAAUUUUGAGGAUAACCAUUUUGAUCCAAAGCUGCUUGAAGCAUUUAGGGUUGCUAUAACAGGGCCUAAAACUGACCUUGUAAACAAGUUAUCCCCUGCAGCUAUAAAGGCAAAGAAAUCAAUGUUGCAGAAAGGAAAAGUUCGUGAAAAUCUAACAAAGAAAAUUUUUGGGACUUCAAAUGGAAGAAGAAAGCGUGCAUGGGAUAGGGAUUGUGAAAUUGAGUUUUGGAAAUAUCGUUGCAUGAGAGCUUCAAAGCCUGAAAAGGUCGAAACUUUAAAAUCAGUUCUUGAUCUACUAAGAAAAGGUUCAGACAGUCCAGAAUCAAAGCAAGCUUCUGAAUGUCAGGCCAAGAAUCCUAUUCUUUCCAGGUUGUAUUUAGCAGAUACAUCUGUGUUCCCACGGAAAGAGGAUGUCAAACCUCUCUCUAUUCUUAAAACCAUUGGUAACUCAGAGAAAACUAAACAAAACCCAUCUGAAAAAGUACCAAAUCUAUCUGUUGGUAAUAAUACUAAUAAAGCAACAGAUGUAAAUAAUCUUUUGUCAAAAGCCAGUGUUUGUUCAUCUGAAAAAAAAGUAGAUAAGAAGAUUGUACAUGGUCCAGUUGGUGACAAUUCAGCUUCUGGUAAAGUGCGUUUAAACAAUCACUCAGAAAGGACAUCAGUUUCUUCAGCUGGUUCGAAAACUAGCACAAAGGAUUCAGGCCUUAAAUCUGGUUGUAUGAAAACUGAUAAAAGGAAAUGGGCCUUGGAGGUUCUUGCGAGGAAAACAGCUGCCACAAGUGGGAACACAUCAAAUGGAAAUCAGGAAGACAAUGCAAUUUUUAAAGGAAAUUAUCCUUUGCUUGCCCAGCUGCCAAUUGAUAUGAGACCAGUAUUGGCACCUUGUCGCCACAAUAAAAUUCCUAUAUCAGUGAGGCAGACCCAGCUUUACCGCCUGACAGAGCGCUUAUUGAGGAACACAAAUCUGGCAGUGAUUCGCAGAACUGCAGAUACAGAAUUAGCUGUUGCAGAUGCAAUUAAUAUUGAAAAAGAUGUUGCUGAUAGAUCAAACAGCAAGCUUGUGUAUUUGAACCUUUGUUCACAAGAGCUCUUGCAUCGCACAAAUAACACAAAAUCCAAUGUAGCCACAGAUACAAGUACACCAGCCUCAUCAGCAAUGCUUACUGAUCAACAAUCGGACCCAAAUACUGAUGAUCUUUCAACUGACCCUGCAGUUGAAACAGCCUUGAAAAAUGCUGGUCUAUUGUCUGAUUCCCCACCUAGCAGUCCACAUGAGAACAGAGAAACAUGUAAUGGUGAUGUGUCAGGGCCCGAUAAUGUAUUUGAACUGGAUUCUCAUCCUGAGCUGGAUAUUUAUGGUGAUUUUGAGUAUGAUUUGGGAGAUGAAGAUUACAUUGGUGCUAGCGUUUCAAGGGUCUCAAAUCCAAAACAAGAGCAAAAUGAGUCAAAAGUGAAACUUGUUUUCUCCACCAUGAACAUGAAAAAGUCAGAUAUCUCUCUGGAUUGGGCAGACUGUGAAGGGUCUGUAAGAAAUGAAGUGCCAGGUGAUGCAUCCUGCUCAUCAAAUUGUCACAAUGAUGCAGUUGAUAAUGAUAGGGCUUCUGCAAUUGAUACGGAGAUGGGCCAGCCUUUUUCUUCUGAGCAACUACCGUGUGAGGGUGCCGUUGAGCCACUUGAUUCAGAAUUUGAAGAAUUAUACGGCCCAGACAAAGAACCACCCAUAAAAAUAUUUCCGGAGGUGGAAUCAAGAUCAUUACAUGGAGACGACAAGACAAAAACUCUAAGCGAGGCCAGUGACUUGCAUAAUGACAACAAUGCAGUAAAUGCUUCGGAACUGGGGAACGAGAAUCUCACAGAAAAGGUUUCUGUUACUACCAACACCAACAAAUCUUCUAAUAUAUCUGAGACUAGUGAAAAUUUCCAAAGAAAGGAUGAGAAAUCUGAUCUCAUUGCUAAGCAAACCGAAUCUGUAAAUCUUGUAACUAAAAAGGUAGAAGCUUACAUCAAGGAGCACAUCAGACCACUGUGCAAGAGUGGUGUAAUCACGGCUGACCAAUACAGGUGGGCUGUUGCAAAAACGACUGAGAAGGUUAUGAAGUAUCAUUCCAAAGCAAAGAAUGCUAGUUUUCUUAUAAAGGAAGGCGAGAAAGUAAAAAAACUUGCGGAGCAGUAUGCUGAAGCAGCUCAACAGAACAGUAAAAAUUGAUGCAUAUGGUAUCAUUUCAUCCUCUACUAUUAUAUGAAGUUAUUGCCCGGUAUCUACCUUUGUUUUCUUUAGGUGCUGUACUUUUAAGAAACUUGCUUCAUUGGGCAUCUGUGGAUGUGUUAGAUUUAGUCUCACCUUAAUAUGUGAGUUGUCUAAUGAGCAUAGGAUGGGGAUUUAGUGCCAUUUUUUUUUAGCGUUUUUGCAAAAUUGAUUUUGAAUUAAAUUGUUUUUACAAAAAUAAUUUUAGUUGAAAUUAA